UCAGCCAGAGAGGACGCAGAUAACCACAACUGUUUUUCUCUGGCCUGUAGCUUUGGAUCAAUUAAAAUGGGACUUACUUUGAUAGAAGUUUGGAUAUCUGUUAUAGCACUAGUUUCCACAUCUGUGGGCUCUAACAUCUGCACUUCUAGAGGAGUCACUACAUGUAAAGAAUGUCUAUCUAUCCAUCCUACAUGCGCCUGGUGUUCUCAGGAGACCUUCGCAAAGGGAGCAUCAGCUUUGUCCAGAUGUGAUCUAAAGGCCAAUCUCAUUCAGUCCGGAUGUGGCGUGAAGUUUAUCGAGUUUCCAGUCAGUAGCAUGAAGAUACUACAGGACAUCCCCUUAAGUGACAGAGCAGGGGGCUCAGCGAGCGACGUCGUUCAGAUGCAACCACAAAAAAUACACCUGACCCUCAGGCCAGAUGAUUCAAAGCAAUUCACUGUCACUGUGAAGCAAGUAGCAGAUUACCCUGUUGACCUCUACUACUUGAUGGAUAUGACCAACACCAUGAAAGAUGACCUACAGAAGCUUUAUGCUCUGGGCAGUGAUCUAGCACAUGGUUUACGCAGUGUCACCGGUGAUCUACGCAUGGGAUUCGGAGCUUUUGUAGAUAAACCUCUCUCACCUUAUAUGGAUAUUUACCCCGAACAAAUGAUCAGCAACCCUUGCUAUAAGAUGGGUCAAACAUGCCCCCCGCAAUUUGGCUAUCGUAAUGUACUCGCUCUGACGGAGCAGGUAGAACGAUUUACAGAGGAAGUGAAGAAACAGAAAGUAUCCCGAAAUAGAGAUGCUCUCGAAGGAGGAUUUGAUGCCAUACUGCAAGCAGUAGUGUGCAAGGACGACAUUGGAUGGAGGCCAGAUGCAUCUCAUUUGUUGGUCUUUACUAGUGAUGAUAGGAGUCAUUUGGCUCUGGAUGCCAGACUUGCCGGAAUUGUCCAGCCUCAUGACGGGAAAUGCUAUAUCAACAGCAAAAAUGAAUAUGACAAGUCCACUAUACUGGACUACCCUUCACUUGGUCUUAUCACAGACAAAAUAUCUGAGAAUAAUAUCAACCUCAUUUUUGCUGUUACCGAAAAAAUGGUGCCACUGUAUCGUAAUUACAGUGAGCUGAUUCCAGGCUCUGCAGUGGGAUUACUAACAAGAGACUCUGGAAAUGUUGUUCAACUUAUCCUGGAAGCGUAUGCAAAGAUCAGAUCCAAGGUUGAGCUGGAGCUGUUGGAUGUUCCGGAGGAGUUAUCUCUGUUCAUCAAUGCAACCUGUCUGGAUGGAGAGGUCAUUGCAGGUGUCCGAUCCUGUGCCGGACUCAAAAUUGGGGAUAAGGUCUCAUUUAGCAUUGAAGCAAAACUUCAUGGUUGUCCCAAAGAGAAAAGCCGAAAUUUCACCAUAAAAACAAUGGGAUUCAAAGACUCUCUUGAGGUCACUGUUGAGUUUGCGUGUGACUGCCAAUGUCAGCAGUUCUCCGAACCGGCGAGCCCCUCUUGUCACCACGGCAACGGAACUCUGGAGUGCGGCAUAUGCAUGUGUGAUCCGGGCCGACUGGGCUCUAAAUGCGAGUGUUCCGACUGGGAAUAUAAACCCGGUCAACAAGACAAGUGUAGCCCCAACCCGGAGACAGCGGCCUGUAGUGGACGAGGAGAAUGUGUGUGCGGCCAGUGUGCCUGUCGCGCGAGUGAUUUCGGGAAGGUUUGGGGCCCGUACUGUGAAUGUGAUGACUUCAACUGUCUUCGUUCUAAAGGACAGCUGUGUUCAGGCAAUGGCGACUGCAGCUGUGGGUCCUGUCAGUGUCACCCAGGUUGGUCUGGCGAUAUCUGUGACUGUUCGACCCGCACCGACACCUGUAUGGGGAGUGGAGGAUUGGUGUGUAGUGGGCGGGGCCACUGUGUUUGUGGUGUCUGUGAGUGCACUCAGCCAGGAGCUUAUGGGUUCACCUGUGAAAAAUGUCCCACCUGCCCAGAUGCCUGUACUAUCAAAAAAGAAUGUGUGGAGUGUAAGCACUACAAGAGAGGAGAUCUGUUUGAGAAGAACUGCAAUAACAUCUGCAGAGAUGAGAUUGUGCCGGUGGAUGAGCUGGGCUUUCGUGAGAAGAACUCAGUGAACUGCAGCUACAAAGAUGAAGACGCCUGUGUGCAAAACUUCCAGUAUUAUGAAGAUGCCAGUGGAAAGUCCUUCUUGUAUCUUGUAAAAGAACCAGAGUGUCCUAAGGGUCCUGAUAUCUUGGUGGUCGUUCUCGCUGUAACUGGUGCGAUCCUGUUGCUUGGACUGCUAGCACUCUUAGUGUGGAAGCUCCUGAUCACCGUUCAUGACCGUCAUGAGUUUGCUAAGUUUGAGGAAGAGAAAGCCAAGGCCAAGUGGGAAGCAGCUAAUAAUCCACUCUACAAAGGAGCCACCACCACUUUCCAAAAUGUAGCAUAUCGUGGCAAUAAAGAAUAACAUCACAUCUUAGAAGAACUCAUCCACCAAUCACAUCUGUGGGUUUCUCCAAGGCUUGUGGCUGUCUUAUAAUGUUGAUUUAUGAGAUUAAAAUAUGGUACUAAAUCAUUUAAAAAUAAUAAUAAUUCAGUGGUGCAAAAUAAGUAGCAAAUUUACUGCAUCUUCAGACAUUUCACAGAUAUUCAUCUCUUAUUGAUAUUCAUCCAUUUUACGCCCUUCUUAAAGGGAUAAUUCACCUAAAAAUGAAAAUUUUGUCAUCAUUUACUCAUGUUGUUAUACAUUUCUUUGAUGAGAUGAACACGAAGGAAUAUAUAUUUUGAGGAAUGUUUGUAACCCAACCGUUUGUGAGCCCCAUUCACUUCCAUA